UCAGUUGAUAGAACCGUGAUUCUUUGUUCCGGCUACCACGGCAGCCGAAACCCGGAUCGGAGCCAAGCAGUCGUGUCGUUGACAGCGGGUCCCGAGCGGGGCUCUCCCGGCAUCCGGGAACCGGGGUUAACAAAGACACUCCAAUCGGGAACCAUCUGUUUAUAUUUCCAGAUUUGGUCAACCAAUCCAUACAACUUACCAAGGCCGUGAUACCCCUCAAUUUCACCAUGCGAAAACCAAUAUUGGUACCACUCGGCUUACCAGGAUGAUGGACCCUCAAAACUCGGCGGUUACUCAAAAGACGAAACAUCUCGACCGGACCGACGGACAUAUCACAAACCAGACAUGAUCGUGUAGUGCUUCGUCUCGUACACAACCACGAUCAUCAUGUUAUCAUCUCUCAACAACCCCACAGCCCUCCUAGGCAAAGCUGCCCUCCUCUCCCUCCUCUCAACAACAACAACAUCCGCCUUCAACCCACAGCUUCCAACAGUUCCAGGCACCACCCUCAACCAGCAAGCCCCACUAGACCUCAACCCCCCCUUCGACAUCCGCGAAGCCACCGUCUCCUCCAUCCACAACGCCCUCUUCACCGGCCUAACCACCUGCCACGCCCUCAUCUCCUCCUACCUCGCCCGCAUAGAAGCCUUCAACCCCUCCUUGCACGCUAUCCUCUCUCUCAACCCACACGCCCUCGACCUCGCCUCCGCCAUUGACCUCCAACUUGCUUCCGGCAACUCUUCCGCCAACAAACCCCUCCUCUGCAUCCCCGUCCUGCUAAAGGACAACUUCGACACCUCCGACCUCCCCACAACCGCCGGCUCUUUGGCUCUAGCAAACAACACCCCCUCCAAGGACGCACCAACAGUGAAAGCCCUCAAGCAAGCCGGGGCGAUAAUCCUCGGUAAAACCAACCUCCACGAAUUUGCGCUGGAAGGGAUUUCCGUCUCCUCCUUAGGCGGACAGACCAUAAACCCAUACGAUUCCACCCGCACGCCCGGUGGAUCUUCGGGGGGCACGGGAGCGGCGAUAGCGGCUAAUUUGGCGGUUCUUGGGACGGGGACGGAUACUGUGAACAGCUUGAGAAGUCCGGCGAGCGCGAAUUGUUUGUGGAGCUGGAGGCCGACUAGGGGGUUGGUUACCCGGGAGGGGGUGGUGCCGGUGGGUUGGACGCAGGAUGCUGUUGGGGGGAUGGCGAGGGGGGUUGGAGAUUUGGGGGUUUUGAUGACUGUUAUGAGUAUGGCGGGGAGUGAUGAGGGGAAUGGUGAUAAUACCACGGUGUUGGUACCGCCUGAGGUUAAGGGGAGGGAUUACAGCCAGGCGUUGUACGGGGGGCUAGGGAAACUGGAGGGGUUGAGACUGGGGGUUUUGGAUGGGUUUUUUAACCACACGGCUGGCGAGGAGACGGACCCCGUGAAUGAGGUUAUGGAAAAAGUCCUCUCAAGGCUUGAAGCAGCUGGUGUCGAGCUGGUGAAUAUCACCGAACCGGUUUACGAUGCAGUGACAAUAGCGGCGAAGCUGGAUGUCCAGACUUGUGAGUUUCGCGAAGGGUUGGAUGCUUAUUUGGAGAAGACUACUUACGCGGGUCACGGUAAUGGUACCACCGGACCGAGGAGUUUCAGCGAUAUCUACACCCUCGGCAAGAAGCAAUUCCUUGUCCUUCCUUCGCAGUACGACUACAUCAGAAACGCAUUCAACAGAUCUACCUCCUCGCCCGAGUACUUUGUCCGGCAGCACGGGAUUCAGCAACUCAAAACCACCUUGGCACAAACCUUCUCAACCAACAACAAUCUCGACGCUAUCAUCUACCCCGAGCAGAAGAACCUUGUCGUCAAGAUCGGAUCUCCUUCCCAGAGCGGACGGAACGGGAUCCUCGCCGCGCUGACGGGGAGUCCUGUUAUUACCGUGCCCGUGGGCUUUUCGGAGGUGAUGGAGACCACCGCUCCGCUGGGUGUUCCCAUUGGGAUGGAGAUCUUGGGAAGGCCCUGGACUGAGGACUUGCUGCUGGGAAUCGCGAAGCAUGUGGGCGAGGCGUUGGGGCCGCCGGUGAGGAGAAUGCCGGUGGGCGGCGGAGGGUUGGAUAAGGUGGUGGAGGUUAAGGGGGGUGGGGGUGGGUAUGAGAAGGAGGUGCCGGUGGUGAAGCCGGAUGGUGGGAAUAUUCCGGAGGUGUAUCCGUUGGGGGUUUAUUAGGGGAGGGAGGGUAAGUGAGCGAGAACAGAACUGAAUUGGGUCAUGAUGGCUUACCGAGAGGUCAUUCAUUGUUCUUCACCUUUUCAAAAUGGCGGACACUCUGUUUCACUUGGUCAAAGGCGCCGAACGGAUCAUUAUUCAUUUCUGCCAGACAGACAUUCCCUCAACACAAAACUCAAACUGAAGGUCAGUUUAUAUAUGGUUAUUCUUGCAGUUGCUCAAGCAUAGUAUUCAUUAACUCAUUACUAGUAAGGCUUCCUCCACUCUUAUCAUGUGUGGGUAUCAAUAAAUCAUGCUGCGUCUAUCAUUCUUCC